GGAAGUCGAUUAUGGUAUAAAGCUUCGAGAGACUCUCCGGUUGAGUUGUAGUAUCAGCAGCAUCUUCUCCACUACCGUCACUCGCACACCGACAUUCGCAGCAACUCGUUACUUUGUACACAAAGUAUCCAUAUUAAAAAUAGUCCUUUUAUCAUUACCGGUGGCCAAUGCAUCCUCUUCUCCCUGUCGACUUUAAAAUGGCAAGCCUCAUACCUCAAGAGUACGACUUCAUCAUCGUCGGCGGCGGCACUGCAGGAAACGUCGUUGCCGGCCGCCUCGCAGAGAACCCUGACGUGUCAAUCCUCGUCAUCGAAGCUGGCAUUGGAAAUCCUACGGAAGUUGCCGACAUUACUACUCCAUCCAGAGCCUUUGCCCUGCGAGGUGGCAAGCAUGACUGGGCUUACAAGACUACCAUGAUCGCUCGCCCCGACUACGAGCGUGUCGAGAAGCCUAACACUCGUGGCAAAGCUCUCGGUGGAAGCUCCUGCUUGAACUAUUACACAUGGGUCCCCGGCAGCGCUGCGACAUUCGACGAGUGGGCUGAGUUUGGAGGGCCGGAAUGGACUUGGGAGAAUUGCCAGGAGUAUUUGAAGAAGCCAGUCAACUACCACGAUGACAACGGCCUCUAUGAUCCGGCACUGAAGAGCGUCGGGCGUAAUGGUCCGCUCGAUGUCUCCCACUCUAAUCUUGUGCCCGAGCUCAAGCCUUUCCGCAACGCGCUUUCCUCGGCUUGGGUGAGUAAGGGCGAGAGACUGACUGAGAAUAUCUAUUCCGGUACCAUGCACGGCCUGGUUCAUUGUAUGAACUCCAUCUACAAGGGAAUCCGAUCAACGAGCGGCGCCUUCGUGACGGGCAAGCCCAACAUCACCAUCCUAGCUUCGACGAACUCCAAGAAGAUCAACUUCGACAGCACUACUGCUACCAGCGUCACCGUCCUCGUCAAUGGCAAGGCCGAGCUUACCUUCCUCGCCAAUAAAGAGAUCAUCAUCUCUCAAGGUGUCUUUGAGAGUCCUAAGCUACUUAUGCUUUCCGGUAUCGGGCCGGAGAAGGAGCUUGCCGCCCACAACAUUACCCCAGUCGUUGUAUCCGAGCACGUCGGCCAAAAUCUGCUCGACCAUCCCAUCAUGCCGUAUGUUCGCCGCUUGAAGGACGGUCUUGGACUGGAUGGCCAUCUUCUCCGUCCAGGGCCAGCGCACGAUGGUGCCAUCACCGCGUACAACAAGAAUCGCACUGGCCCUGCUAGCAGUGGCCUGCUGGAACUUGUCGGCUUCCCCCGCAUUGACUCUUACCUUGCGAAUAGCAAGGAAUACAACAAGUAUAAGAAGGCGAACGGCGGCGUGGACCCCUUUGGACCUGGUGGUCAGCCUCACUUUGAAAUUGAUUUUGUGCCCAUGUUCUCCGAUGCCUUCCAAUGGCACAUACCUACUCCCCCAACGGGUGACUAUCUAACCGUGAUCGUUGACCUCCUCCGUCCUCUCUCUCGUAAUGGCUACGUGAAGCUCAACUCCACGGAUCCCCUCGAGCAGCCAUACAUUAACCUGAACUUCUUCUCCAACGACCUGGACCUUGUCGCCAUGCGCGAGGGCUGCCGCAUGGUAGACGACAUGCUCACUACUGGCGAAGGCAUGAGAGACAUCAUUGGCGAGGACUAUCCCUGGCCAAUGCCGCGCUACUCUGACGAGGCUAUGAAGAAGACGAUUCUUGAACGCUCGCAGACGGGCUUCCAUCCCUGCGGUACUUGUCGCCUGUCGCAGUCUAUUGAGCAGGGUGUUGUGGAUCCGGAGCUCAAGGUGCAUGGGACGCAGAACUUGAGGGUCAUUGAUGCUUCGGUUAUCCCGGUUAUUCCAGAUUGUAGGAUCCAGAACUCGGUGUAUAUGAUUGGUGAGAAGGGUGCCGAUAUCAUCAAGGCUGCGUACCCAGUGUUCUACUCCGCGCAGCCGUGAAAGACGGGGCGCUCACUGCGGCAUUACGGAAUUCGUAAGGUUUGUGGUUCACAAAUAUUUUUGGCGUUCAUAUAGACUAUAAACCGCACACAUUACUUUCUCAUGCCCACAUUGCUUUUUCAAGGCUGACUGACGAGGCUAACGUACCAGGCAACACCGCAAGGCUGCCAAGGCACAGCACUGCCCAUGACAACCGGUGAGCCACGUGAUGAGCUGACCCCACCUCAGUUUCAAAAUCUCAGCGCAGUCCAAUCCUCUUCAAACGACGACACAAUGAGCGUUCGGAACUCUGAAGACGCGGACCUCAAUCU